GUGUGUGCCUUGAAGGGCACAUAGACAAAUUGUAAUUUUAGCAAUUGUCUUUGUCACUGUCAAGUGAGACUUAUGACGUUUCUGUUACUGUCAAAUUGGUUGACACUGUCAGCAUCAACUGGUCUGUGCUGUCAGCUCCUUGGAGUAAUAUUGUUCUGUGGCUGUCAGUCGCAAUUUUAUAGCCGCUGGAGCCGCUUUAAAAUCUGAAUUAUUUAGCGCUUUUAGCGAAUGAAUGGAUUAGAGUAGUCGUUUUCGGUUUUGCUGAUUCGCGAAAUUUUAAAUUGAGGUUAUGCUCGCAUCUGUAUUCUCAUUUUUGAGACCUAGUUGAGUUCCAAAAUAAAAGCAUCAAACAGUACCUUUAUGAACUAAACUAUUUAAUAGAACGUUAAUAAAUUACCAUGGCGACGUUCUCCAGACUGCAGAAGAUAGCUCUCCUAAGUUUAGGCGCGGUUGGUGGCAGCCUCGCUUAUUAUUCUAUAGGUAAAUCGGAGAAAAAAUACGAUGUAAAAAACUCAUGGACUACAAACUAUACACCCAGUGUGAAAUGGAAUAAAAAUUGGGACCACCGUGAACCAGCAUCACUUGUAAAACCAAAGUCUGGAAAACCGGAGGAUGAAAACAGGUACAAUGAACAACUGGAGAAGGCAAAGAGCAAAGCUGUGCGCCACCUCAUCCUCAUCAGACAUGGACAGUACCACCUCGAUGGGGCUACUGAUAAGCAGAGAAUUCUUACUGAUCUAGGCAGACAACAAGCGGAAUUUACAGGCCAAAGGUUAGCCAGUCUAGACAUUAAAUGGGAUCUCAUAGUAAGAUCAACUAUGUCACGAGCACAGGAGACGGCAAACAUUAUAGCCCAGCAUUUACCAAAAGAAAUAGAGGUGAAAGAUUGCCAGCUUAUAGAAGAAGGAGCACCUGUUCCCCCAGAGCCACCCGUUGGACAUUGGAGGCCAGAACCGAAACAGUUCUUCCAGGAUAGUGCUCGCAUCGAGGCCGCUUUCCGAAGGUACUUCUACCGCGCGCCUCCCGAACAGAAGCAGGACUCUUACACGCUACUGGUGUGUCACGCCAACGUGAUCCGCUUCUUCGUUUGCAAAGCGCUCCAGUUCCCCCCAGAAGGCUGGCUCCGGAUAUCCCUCAACCACGGCUCCAUCACCUGGGUGUCAAUACUGCCCAGUGGAAAUGUAGUGCUGCGAUCACUCAGCGAGACAGGGCACAUGGAGCCCAAGUAUAUCACCAGCCGGAAUCGACCUCCGAUAACAGACCUCGUAAAAGGCACUUUAGAAAGCUGUUGAUAAAAGAAGAUUUUGUAUUUAUACUAUAAUACCUACACCUAGUAAUAUAAGGUAACAUACAUUUCGAUAAGAAACAUUUUAUGUUAAUGUACGAUCUAGAGCAUUCCAUGAACUUACUUGCCUUUUAAGCAUGUGUGCAAUGAACUUGCUGUUAUGAUAUAGGGUAUGUGAUUUUUUAACCACUAAAAGUUAGCUCUCGUCUGCCAUCUCACAUGGUGGAAAAUGAUUAUAACGUUUUGAAAUUUGGACUUAAAAUUAUGGUGAACAGUUAAAGCGGAUUUUUAACCUGUCUAUGAUUGAAAUUAUAAGCGUUUUAAUAUUGCUAAUUCAUCAGAGAUCAUAAUGCAAUCUCAUGCUAUACCUUAACAGUCCUUGAGUUAGGUACAUAAGUCCCCAUUUAAAACGUUACUGCUUUCACGCACUAUUCCAUUAUCACUUUUAUAGGUACAUCAUGAAUUUAUAUCUCCACACAAAUUUGACAGUUAAACGUAUAUCUGGCGUUAAGUUUGCUAAAUUAGAAACUUACUCUAGUGACUUUAUCUAUUGCAUUCUUAACGCAAUAUUUACAUUCUUAACCACAAACUGGCGCGUUAAAAGAUUUAAAGACGAUGAGGAAGAUGUUAAUGCCAAAUGAAAAGCUAGGUCCAGGUUGCGAUGCGAUGUCAUGGUGCACUUUUGGUUGCCGAAGGUCAUGGUAUAAAAGACAGCAGCGACGCCGACUAGUCUUUAUUUACGAGUAUAUUAAAAUAAAAUUAAUAUUAAAAUCUCUAAUUCCGAAAUCGAACAUACAUUGCAAUAAAUAAGAGCUGAUGGAAUUAAUUUCCAUUUUCUCAGAAUUUAAAACGCAAAAGUAAUUUAAAAUUUACAUAUUAUUUGGCAAUAGAAAAAUCUUGCUUUUUUUAUAGCCUUUUCAAUAUAAGAACACGUGUUCUUUUUUAAUUUUUUAUAAAUACAUCCCUAUACAUUUGCAAUCAGUCCGUAAUGAUUUCUUUCAGGCAAAGUUCAUGGGACGCUCUUAAAUGAUAUGGCCAUUUGAAGUGUAUUAAUCUAUCUUGAUAAGUGUUUUAAUGGAGACUACAAACGAAAGGAAGCUGAUUUUUAAAUAUUUCUAUGUAAACUAAUGACUUACCUUGUUUAUAAAUAUAAGGUAGCCGCGCGGUUUACACCAUGCCUCUUACUUUUGUAUGUAAGCUCCUUAAUGUUUUAGUAUAGUGAUUUUAAGAACAAGUGUUUUAACCUUCGUUGUAUUCAAUUUUGUAAUAAAGUAUUGAAACCUGUGUAUCUAAUUGAUAUCAAUCCCGUGGGAUCUUAGUGAUAAUAAACUCAUAAAAUAUAGAAAUGUAUUCAAGUCGUUUGAUACACUCUGUUUUACGAUUAUUGCGAACACUAAAACACGAAAACAAUUUAAGAAAUAUACAGUUUAACCACAAUUUAUUUUAUGCUCUAAUUUCAGUAGUUGGAACUCCGUUCAAUUUUUCAAACAUUUCUUCCACUUGUUCGCACCCACACUUAUUUUUCAGUAUAUGACAAAACAACACUAUUUUAUCAAAUUAGUUGUAAAAAUAUGCAAUAGAUGGCGUGGAAAUGUUGUUUUUAUCCUCGUACAAAUUCGUUCUUUGGCUUUACUGCAUUAAUUAGAUUAUUUUGUAACCAGUAUUAAUGCUAUUUCUGCUAUGUUAAGAAGAGUUUUAAUGGGUUAUACUUUGAAAAAAGAAAAAAAAACCGGAAACAGCUUUUUAUUCCUAUUAAAUGAAUUUGCUUGCUGGUAUAACACAAGACUAAACAGUAAACAACUUUUUACAAAAGUCGUCAGUUAUUAUUAUUAUAGAUGACGUUUUAGUUUGGUAUAUUUUCUGACAUUUUGGUUUUAUAUUCGGCAUUUCUGUGGAUGUGGAUUUGGUUACAAUGAAACCUCGAACUGAUAGAAUAAUAGCCGGUAGUUAAUCAGUUUUAAAUAGAAAUAGUUAACAAUACUUAUGCAUAAUAUAUUUACAAACAUA